UCGGCGUUUGUCUCGGUCGGUAGAGAGGGAGAGUUAUAUGUAUCUAGAUCUAGAAUUAAGUUUCAUGCGAUUUAAAAUGUUCGGUAAAGUAUUUUUGUUGUAAAUAAUAAUCUGUGUAAAAGUUUAGUGAUUUAUUUUUAUUUACAUCUUCGCGAUUUUCUGAGCUUUGUGCCCAGUUUUGGUAAAAGGAUUCGUGAAAAAUGACUGAAACUCUUCAGCUUCGUGGUACUCUGUCUGGCCACAGUGGAUGGGUCACGCAAAUUGCCACCAAUCCAAAGUAUCAUGAUAUGAUUCUGUCGUCAUCACGAGACAAAACCUUGAUUGUAUGGAAGUUGACCCGUGAUGAGAAUAACUACGGGAUUCCCCAAAAGCGUCUCUACGGUCAUUCUCAUUUUAUUAGCGACGUAGUCCUUUCGUCUGACGGUAAUUACGCCUUGUCAGGAUCUUGGGAUAAGACUCUCAGACUUUGGGAUUUGGCCGCUGGAAAGACAACACGUCGCUUUGAAGAUCACACCAAGGAUGUACUCUCUGUGGCUUUUUCAGUAGACAAUCGUCAAAUCGUCUCGGGCUCACGAGACAAAACCAUUAAACUGUGGAAUACAUUGGCGGAAUGCAAAUACACCAUCCAGGAUGAGGGUCACACUGACUGGGUAUCUUGCGUGAGAUUCUCUCCGAAUCACGCCAAUCCCAUCAUAGUGUCCUCUGGGUGGGAUCGUACCGUAAAAGUGUGGAAUUUGGCGAAUUGCAAGCUAAAGACCACACAUACUGGUCACACUGGUUACUUGAACACCGUCACUGUAUCGCCUGACGGUUCACUAUGCACUUCAGGAGGCAAAGAUCACAAGGCUCUCCUAUGGGAUUUGAAUGACGACAAGCUACUCCAUACACUGGAUCACAACGACAUCAUCAAUGCCCUCUGCUUCAGUCCCAACAGGUACUGGCUAUGCGUCGCCUACGGGCCAUCUAUUAAGAUUUGGGAUCUUGCCUGCAAGAAAACCAUUGAUGAGCUUCGUCCCGAGGUUGUUUCUCAGAAUUCCAAGUCUGACCCACCUCAGUGUCUCUCACUUGCUUGGUCAACGGAUGGACAAACCCUAUUUGCAGGAUAUUCUGAUAACAAGAUCCGCGUAUGGCAGGUGUCAGUCUCUGCGCGCUAAAAGCUUUUGUUCGGGACUUUCUAAGGAAAUGUAUCUUUAAAUCCCUAAAUAAAAGAUAUCCAUUAAAA